AAAUACAAACAAGGUGGGGCCCCACAGAGUUUACUCUGUACGCAAUCCGCUUGGUUAGGUUACAAGCAACUCGCGUCCCAAUCCAAAAGAGGUGCCUCCACAAGUUUCCAGCAUAAACUCCGCUUGUUACCCAUCUCUCAUCCAUGGCGGAUAAUCCAAAAAUAGCCGCCGUUACAGCCUCAUACAAAAUUCAAACCUAGGCCGGCUAGAAAAUGCCAAAGGAUGAAACAAUGCUUACUUCUUCUGCAUUUCCACCCCCUGAUGUAAUCAGCACCACCUGUACCCUCUCUUCUUUCCAAAUCAAUCCAACUCGUAUAAACUCUCCAUAUCCGAUCGUAGCAGAAUCCGAUUCGAAGGAUGGCGAGUCUAAACUCGGGAUUUCUAUUUGCUCUCGUGAUCGUUUUGGCUGUAUCUGGCGGUGUUUGGGCUGGGUUUCUCAAGUAUGAGACUAGAGCUGGGCCUGUGGAAGGGAAGUUGAAUGUUCAUCUGGUCCCGCAUUCGCAUGAUGAUGUCGGAUGGCUGAAGACGAUCGAUCAGUACUAUGUUGGAUCAAAUAACAGUAUUCAGGGUGCUUGUGUUGCGAAUAUAUUGGAUUCACUGGUUGUUUCAUUGCUAAAAGAUCCUAAUCGGAAGUUUGUUUUUGCUGAGCAGGCUUUUUUCCAACGCUGGUGGGAUGAGCAAAAUGAGGAAACACAUGAAGUAGUGAAGAAAUUGGUAGACUUUGGCCAGUUCGAGUUCAUAAAUGGUGGCUGGUGCAUGCAUGAUGAGGCAACAUGCCAUUACAUAGAUAUGAUCGAUCAAACAACUCUAGGUCACCGCUUGAUAAAGAAUCAAUUCAACAAGGUUCCACGUGUUGGAUGGCAGAUCGAUGCUUUUGGGCAUUCUGCCGUACAAGCUUAUUUGUUGGGAGCUGAGCUUGGUUUCGAUUCUCUAUACUUUGCAAGGAUUGAUUACCAGGACAGGGCAAAGCGUAAGGUGGAUAAAUCGCUUGAAGUUAUAUGGCGUGGGUCAAAGACUUUUGGUUCUUCUUCUCAGAUUUUCACAAGUGCCUUUCCUGUUCAUUAUAGUCCUCCAACUGGUUUCAAUUUUGAAGUCAAUGAUGAAAUUGAAGUCAAUCAUGACACUUCACCUAUCCAGGAUGAUCCUCGUCUAUAUGACUACAAUGUUGAACAACGCAUAAAUGAUUUCAUUGAUGCUGCUAGGACUCAAGCAAAUGUGACACGUACAAAUCACAUAAUGUGGACAAUGGGUGAUGAUUUUCAGUACCAAUAUGCUGAAUCUUGGUUCAAACAAAUGGACAAGUUUAUCCAUUAUGUUAACAAGAUGGGUUUACUAUGGCAGGAUGGUCGUGUCAAUGCAUUCUAUUCUACUCCAUCCAUUUACACCAAUGCAAAAAACGCAGCAAAUGAAUCUUGGCCACUAAAAACUGAUGACUAUUUUCCAUAUGCAGACUCUGCUAAUGCUUAUUGGACUGGAUUUUUUACUAGCCGCCCAACACUAAAGAGAUAUACACGCAUGCUGAGUGGAUAUUAUCUGGCAGCACGGCAACUUGAAUUUCUAGCGGGAAGGAGAUCAUCUGGUCCACACACCUUUAGCUUAGGAGAUGCAUUAGGAAUUGCACAGCAUCAUGAUGCUGUAACUGGCACAGCAAAACAGCAUACGACAAAUGACUACGCAAAACGCCUCGCUGUAGGAGCUUCUGAGGCAGAAAUGGUUGUGAGCUUGGCCUUGUCAUGCGUUACUAAUUCAAGUUCAAGUAGACAAUGUGCCACUUCUACUUUGAACUUUGGCCAGUGUCAUUUGCUCAAUAUAAGCUACUGCCCACCAACUGAGGAGGAAAUUCCAGAGAACAAGAGCUUAGUUGUGGUGGCAUACAAUCCGCUUGGAUGGAUCCACAAUGACACUGUUAGGAUUCCAGUCAAUGAUGACCAUCAUGUUAUAAGAGAUUCUAGUGGCAAUACCAUUGAGGCACAGUAUGUGGAGAUGGAUAAUGCUACUAUUAACUUAAGAAACUUCUACACUAAGGCCUACCUGGGAGUGUCAGCCAAAGGAACCCCAAAGCAUUGGCUCUUAUUUCAGGUAUCUGUGCCGCCACUUGGAUGGAGCACCUACUUUAUUUCUAAAGGAGCAAGUAGUGGGCACAUGUCAGUUACAGAUACUUCACAAAAUGAGACAUUGGAGGUUGGACCUGGGAAUUUGAAGAUGUCGUUUUCAUCAACAUCUGGACAACUGAAACGCAUGACGAAUUAUAGAACAGGGGUGGAUAUACCUAUACAACAAAGCUAUCUGUGGUAUGGUUCAAGCAUCGGAGACAAGGAUACAAAGGCCUCUGGCGCUUACAUAUUUCGACCAGAUGGUGCUCCUCCAACAGCUGCUUCAAGAUCGGUACCCUUGAAGAUUGUGCGAGGACCUCUAGUUGAUGAAGUCCAUCAACAAUUCAAUCCAUGGAUUUAUCAGGUGACUAGACUCUACAAAGACAAGGAUCAUGCUGAAGUUGAAUUCACUAUUGGUCCAAUUCCCGUGGAUGAUGGCGUUGGAAAGGAGGUCAUUACACGGAUGACGGCAAAUAUGGCCACGGACAGGACAUUUUAUACAGACUCUAAUGGAAGAGAUUUUCUAAAACGGGUGCGGGAUUAUAGGACAGAUUGGCCUCUCGAAGUGACUCAACCUGUAGCAGGAAACUAUUAUCCAAUUAGCCUUGGAAUAUAUAUGUUGGAUGGGAAGUCAGAGCUCUCAGUCUUGGUUGAUCGUGCCAUUGGAGGUGCCAGCAUUCAAGAUGGGGAACUAGAGCUCAUGCUUCAUAGGCGAAUGGUUCAAGAUGAUUCCCGAGGUGUCGUUGGUGCACUUGAUGAAAUUGUGUGCAUGGAAGAUACCUGUGAGGGACUUACGAUUCGUGGAUAUUAUUAUAUUAACAUCAACCAGUUAGGGUCUGGGGCACGCUGGAGGCGGACAGUUGGUCAGCAGGUUUAUUCACCACUUCUCUUAGCUUUCACACAUGAGGAAGAGCAAAGUUGGAAAGCUUCUCAUUUGGUGAAUGCUACGUCCAUGGAUCCUAAUUAUAGUUUACCUCCAAAUGCUGCAGUCAUAACACUUCAGGAGCUGGAUGAUGGAAAUGUGCUCCUUCGGUUGGCUCAUGUAUAUGAGGCUGGAGAGGAUGCCGAGUAUUCAUCAAUGGCCAAUGUGGAACUAAAGAAGAUCUUUGCAACAAAGAUGAUUAAGGAAGUGAAGGAGACAAGCUUAUCUACAAACCAAGAUAAGUCAGAAAUGAGAAGCAUGAAGUGGAAAGUCAAAGGAGAUAAUGGGGAGAGUCCUGCACCUGUGAGAGGCAGCCUGGUCAAUAAUGCUACUCUUAUUGUUGAGCUUGGUCCAAUGGAGAUCCGAACUUUCUUGUUGAAGUUUUAGGUUAGUCACUGCAGUUAUAGUUUCAUUUAUGGCUAAUCCAUAAUAAAGUUGUAUGAGUUAUGCAUGUAAUGCAAGUCAUCCUGGGUAUGUUCUCCCAAAGAACCCCUGCUCAAAUGUCCCAUCGCAAUCAAUCAGCCUUGUCAUAAAAGGCCAAGAGAA